AUGUCAGAAUCAAACCACGCCAUCGUCUUCGGUGCCUCGGGCCUCCUCGGCUGGGCCACAGUCGAGCAGCUGCUCUCGAACUACCCUUCCAAGGACUCCUUUGAAAAGGUCACCGCUGUCAUGAACCGCCCGAUGUCAAAAUCCGACUCGUUCUGGCCGACAGACUCAGCAAGCAGACCUAGGCUGCAAAUUGCAUCUGGUGUCAAUUUGACUGGAUCUUUGGAGGAUCUCACUUCACAGCUUGAGGGCAAAGUCCAUGGAAUCAAGGGCGUCACCCAUGUUUUCUAUUUUGUCUUCAACCAGGGCGAUGGGGAUGAUGUCGCCGAGUGCGAGAUGAACUGUGACAUGAUGCAGACGGUCGUAGACGCGGUUACCUCAUUGUCGACAAGCCUCCAAGCAUUCGUAUACUCUGGCGGAACGAGAGGAUACGGCAUUUACACGCCGGGCGGAACCUUCACGCCCCCCUUGGAGGAAUCAAUGGCCGACCACCUCCCCGAGGACUACGCAAAGACCGUCACCUACCCCUGGUGGCGCAAGAUUCUCGCAAAGGCAAGCGAAGGCAAGCCGUGGACCUGGUCGGAAGUUUGCCCGGACGCCGUCGUCGGCUUUUCGCCAAACGGCUCUGGUUUCUCGCUGGCACUUCACUGGGCGCAGUACCUCUCCCUUUACGCUUACAACCACGGAGUGAACAAGAAGUCCAAUGUGACCAUAGAGGUUCCGUUCCCCGGAAACCAGGAGGGAUACAAGAGCCUUUGCACACCUGUCUCUUCUCGGACUCUCGGGCGCAUUGCUAUCCACGCAUCACUCCAUGGUGACGAGUGCGGCGGAAAGGUCAUCAACAUGGCCGAUAGAGAGCAGCCUACCAGAUUUAGUGACCUAUGGCCGUCGCUCGCUGGUUGGUUCGAAUUGGUAGGCGUUGGACCGAAGGAGAACGACAAUGCAGAGAAGCCUGGAGAAUACGUCAAGAAGUACAAGCAGAUCUUUGAAGAAAAGGGAUGCGGAAGGGCCGUCAUUGCUGGCGUCGGAGGUGGCAGCGUCCAGCUUGACAGUGUCGGCUACUGGCUGUCCUUCGACCGACAGCUUAGCUUGCAGAGAUUGAGGUCAGUUGGAUUCACCGAAGAGAGAGAUCCUGUCGAGGGCUGGUUGGAGGCGUUUGAGAAGUUUAAAGAAGCGAAGAUUAUCUUGUAA